ACCGGUGUGCUUAACCUAAGGUACAUUUCUCCCUUUUCGUUAUAUGCUUAAUUUCGGAAUAAACUUGCUGUUUCUUUUUGCUCGGAAGCAAUUAAUGCAACGAAUAUGCUAUUACGUGACUGAAAGGAAGUGAAGAUGAAAGAAAUUGUAACAAUCCAAGUUGGUGAUUUUGCCAACUUCGUAGGCUCUCACUUCUGGAACUUUCAGGAUGAGUUGCUUGGUUUGGCUUCGGAUCCUCAUGCUGAUUCUGUCUUCAAGAAUCAGGAUCUUAACAUGGAUGUGCUUUAUCGUACUGGCGAGGGACAGCAGGGCAUCCUUACAUAUACUCCUCGCCUAGUUUCAAUAAACUUAAGAGGAUCCCUUGGAUCUAUGAGUUCACAUGGAUCAUUGUACAAGGAGGUUGAUCCCACAACAUCAGAUGUUGUUACCUGGACUGGUAGGGUUUCCACCCAAGCUUCUGAACCUCACAAAAAAAAUUUGUUCCUACAAAGACUUUAUGGAGAAGAGGAAAAUUCGAAUAUGGUAAAUGAGAUCAAUGGUUCAAAGAAUGGUUCUCAGAGUGAGUAUCAGGACAAGGAUAUUAUUGACAGUCUAGAAGAUGGUGUACGGUUUUGGACAGACUACUCAAAGGUACAUUAUCACCCCCAGAGUCUAUAUGAAUUAAAUGGAGUUUGGGCAGAUGCUGAGGAAUUUAACAAUUAUGGAAUUGGAAGGGAUUCCUUUUCUUGGACUUCACAAGGGGAAGAAAUCGGUGAGAGGCUUCGAUUUUUCGUUGAAGAGUGUGACCAUAUUCAGGGAUUUCAAUUUGUUGUUGAUGACUCUGGAGGUUUCUCUGCUGUGGCUGCUGAAUUUUUAGAGAAUAUUGUAGAUGAAUAUACAAAUACUCCUGUCUUGUUGUAUGCCGUUCAAGGUUCUGGUUCAUGCGCAAGUCUUCAGAGCAGGAAACGUACAAUCUUAGAGGAUCUUCAUGAUGCUAUAUCUUUUUCAAGACUAUCAUCUUACUCUAAACUUAUUGUGCCCGUUGGUCUGCCCUCCUUAAGUAAAAGUAAAGCUUCUAAGUUCCUCCACAUUGAAGAUGAGAAGCAUUAUCACUCUAGUGCAGUUUAUGCUGCUGCACUACACUCCAUUAGUCUUCCUUUCCGAAUGGUACCAAUUGGGCCUACUACAGAUGCAUGUUCUGUUUCUGGGGCUGUGGAUGUUCAUGGAGUCAUACAAAUGUUAUCAGGUCAAGGAAGGCAGAAUAUGGUGUCAGUUCUGGAUGUUGCCAUGCCAGCACCUGCUUUUACUGGGGGACAGAAUGAACUGUCUUUCUUAGAGAAUUUGCAGCCGUUGACCCCACAAAUAUCAGAGGAUAUUGAAGACAUGCAAGCUAUUGAAUACAUGACAGUCCAUGGAGCUCUUGCAUCAGGUGGUCACCCCGCUUCAGUUUCUGAAGUAAAGGAUACAGUUGAUGCUGCUUUUCAACGUGCCAAUACAAGGCCAAUGUUCUGUCAUCUUUCUGUUGCUCUUUGUCCCCUGCCUAUUCCCUUGCCUUUUCCAUCAAUCUUUGGGAACCAUGUCGGCCAGCACGGAGAAUUGAUGGGUGGUCAAAUGACCAAUUCUUCAUCUAGAGGAUCCCUUGACGUCCAUUCCAUCCCCAUGGCUGCUAGAUUACGUUCCAGCAGUGUUGUCUUACCUCUUUUGGAGCGUAAAUUGCAAAAUCUUCACCGGUUUGGAAUUGAGCGAGGAGCAGCUGGGACAGAGUUGCUUAGGAGUUGGGGCUUCGGAAAGGAAGAAUUGGAGGAAAUGGAAGAGAUGUUAUCUAAAAUGGUUGCGACAUUAAGUCCUCCUCAGAUGUCAUCUGAUUCAGACUAGAAGACAUAAGUUGUUCUUGAUUCCCAGAAAAAGAAAAAGAAAACAUUCGGCCUUGUUCGAGUGUCAGGCUUUUUGUUGGUUAAUGCCCCAAAACCAACAUAGUUGUUUUGUUUUUAAGUACGAGAGGUUUUCGAGGUAUCAUCUUUGUCAUCGAUUUUUUUUUUUUAAAGUCUUGUAACAUAUCACUUAAAUUUGAAAGUAUAGUUUCUCUUGUUUGCAAUAUUUGG